CUGCACGUUUCCGGGAUUUGUCCACGCCUAGUCUUUUAUCUCUGUGUUCUGAUUGGUCCGUGGACGAAGACAGGAAUCAGAGAGGCGCUUUGAUGUUGAGAAGAAGGAGCCGCAGUGUGUGCGCGAGAGGCCAAAACACACCAUGUUCGUUACCAAGCGUGUGAGGACGGGCAGCCGAUGAUGCUAGCUCUACCAUGGGCAGUGUCACUCUCCGCUACUUCUGCUAUGGCUGCCUCUUCACGUCGCUGACGUGGUCCAUCCUGCUCUUCCUCUACUUCAGCCUGAGUCAGGAGAGCCGCCUGUCCUCCAGCCAUGUGCCCAUCCAGGGGGCACAGCACCGCUUCCAGGCCCGCUUCACACGCCGCCCCGCCCCGCUCAACAAAGCACACGGACACGACGGUCGCCACGGCGACCUCUCACCCGAGAUGGGAAUGAUUUAUAAUGAGAAGGAUCAGGAAGUGAGGGACACGGGCUACCACAGACACGCCUUCAACGUCCUCAUCAGUAACAGGAUCGGAUACCAUCGUGACCUGCCCGAUACCAGGAAUGAAAAGUGUAAAGCAAAGACGUAUCCGUUAGACUUACAGACGGCCAGCGUGGUCAUCUGCUUCUUUAACGAGGCGUUCUCGGCCCUGCUCAGGACCGUACACAGUGUCCUGGACCGGACGCCCAGUUACCUCCUGCACGAGAUCAUACUGGUGGACGACAACAGCGAGCUAGAUGACCUGAAGCAGGAUCUGGAUGUGUACUUACACAGUAACCUGCCAGACAAAGUGAAGUUGGUGCGCAAUAAGAGGAGAGAAGGACUGAUCAGGGGAAGGAUGAUCGGAGCCUCGCAUGCUACAGGUGAGGUCUUGGUGUUCCUGGACAGUCACUGUGAGGUGAACGAGGCGUGGCUGCAGCCGUUGCUGAGCCCGAUUAAAGAAAACCGUCGCACAGUGGUGUGUCCCGUCAUUGACAUCAUCAGCGCAGACACGCUGCUCUACAGCCCCUCUCCCAUCGUCAGGGGGGGCUUUAACUGGGGGCUGCACUUUAAAUGGGACCCUGUUCCUGUAUCAGAGCUCAACAACCCCAGCGGCGCCAUCAGGUCUCCUACGAUGGCCGGGGGUCUGUUCGCCAUGGACCGAGAAUACUUCAACGAGCUCGGACAGUACGACAGCGGCAUGGAUAUCUGGGGCGGAGAAAACCUGGAGAUCUCAUUCAGAAUCUGGAUGUGUGGAGGUCAGCUCCUGAUCAUGCCCUGCUCGAGAGUGGGCCACAUUUUCCGUAAGCGGCGUCCGUACGGCUCACCGGGAGGACAGGACACGAUGGCACGGAAUUCCCUGCGUCUGGCCCACGUCUGGAUGGACGAGUACAAGGAGCAGUACUUUGCCCUGCGCCCUGAGCUAAGAAACCGUGACUUCGGGGACAUCAGUGACCGUGUGGCCCUGCGCAAGCGCCUGCAGUGUCGCUCCUUUAAAUGGUAUCUCGAUCAGGUUUACCCAGAAAUGCAGCUGUCUUCACCUCAGAAUAAAGCACAGCCUCCUGUCUUCUUUAACCGUGGUGUCAAGAGGCCCAAAGUGCUGCAGCGGGGCCGGCUGCGAAACCUGCUGGCUGAGAAGUGUUUGGUGGCUCAGGGGCGUCCCAGUCAGAAAGGCGGCACUGUCGUGGUGAGACCCUGCGAUCCUCAGGACCCUGAACAGGAGUGGACCUAUGAUGAGGAGCAUGAGCUGAUCCUGGCCGGCUUGCUGUGUCUGGACAUGUCAGAGGUUCGCUCGUCCGAUCCUCCUCGCCUCAUGAAGUGUCACGGCUCGGGCGGCUCUCAGCAGUGGACUCUCGGGAAGAACAGUCGUCUGUACCAGGUGUCAGUCGGUCAGUGUCUGGCCGUCCUCGACCCGCUCAGCCAUAAGGGUUAUGUUGCCAUGGCGAUCUGCGACGGCACAGAGGGUCAGCGGUGGCAGCUAGACGGAUGAACUAAAAGCUGAUAAGGGGCAGAAAAACUGACCAAUGAGCACGCAGCACAUAUUACAUCAUCAAUAUGGCUGACCGAGCAAAUCACAACACUGAGCUCGUACAGUCAAGUGUUCGCUCUUUUGAGACGUGUCUCUCUCUCUGCCCCCCCCCUCCCUCCCUCCCUCCCACUUCUUUCUCCUCCUCUCUCUCCCCCCUCUUUCUCCUCCACUCUCUCUCUCUCCCACCCUCUCUCGCUCUCUCUCCCCCCCCCUUUUUUUAUUUAUAAUUUUAAGCGGCUUGAUGAAUCUUAACCUGUUUGCACAGUGAUUUUUUGCAGAGACAAUUCAGAAAUGUAAACCUAGAUGUUAUCGUGGAUCGACUCAGUACUGAUCUGUACAGUUUUUGUUUAGAUUCGUGUACUUUAAUAUUAAUUUCUAUUCUACCGAGGGGGCUUUUUGCUUCGUCGUUCAUCUUCUUUGAAGAAUAGGAAGAGUUGUAACAGUGGUGUUAAACAUCUGAGUUCUGUUUCAUUUGAUUUUUUUAUUUUUUAAUGCAGUACAGAAUUAUUCUUUAGGUCUUUAUGGAAUUUUCUGAGUGCUGUUAGAAAUUGAUAAAGGUCAAAAAGAAAUGCAGGUCAGGCUAGGCUUGUGCGAUGGGGCACUUUUUACUGGUUUGUUUUUUACCUCUGAAGGUUUGGGGGAUAAAAAAAACCUCAUGCCUUGCAGAAUGGUGUUGUAUAAUAAAUUAAAAUAAUAAAAGCAUCCGUGCAGUCAGGAAUUGCAGCAAACUUUAAAAAAAAUGUUUGUAUUUUAGUUCAUUCUGCAUGAAAGUUUUGAGCAGUAAAAUUACUUGUUUAAUGACUGACAUUUUCUCCAUCCAUCUGCUCCUCAUUUAUGAGAAAAAAACUAUUUAAUCCAAUUUUCUAGUAAACUCCUGUAAAAUCAGAUUAAAUAUUAAUUAGAUUUUAUUUCUUUUUAAUAAUCUCUAAACAGUAUCUAUUUUACCAUAACAAAAUUUGGGUGAGAUGAUGGAGGACGUGGGUGAAGUGAGCAUUCGAUACAGCGUCAUGAAUCAUUACAAACAUGAUUCAUUUCAGAUACAAAUCAUAAAUAUGAUUCCUUUAGAUAGGAAUCAUUACAAAUAUGAUUCAUUUCAGAUAGGAAUCAUAAAUGAUUCAUUUCAGAUAGGAAUCAUUACAAAUAUGAUUCAUUUCAGAUACAAAUCAUAAACAUGGUUCAUUUAGAUAGGAAUCAUUACAAAUAUGAUUCAGUACAGAUAAGAAUUAUUACAGAUCUGAUUCAUCUACUGGUUUAUCUUGAGAAAACAUCUUUUGGGUGUAUUUCUAUAAGUGAAUGAUUUAAAGUCAGCAGGUCUGGUAAUAACAGUAUUAAUAUAAGAAGCAUAAAUGUCAGAGGAUAUCAUAGGGGUGAUUAAGUCAUUAUAUCGCACAAGCCUAGGGUUAAACCACAGACACAACCAGUCAUGUAGAGAUGACAACAGCUGAAGUAUGUCAGGACGGGUGGGGUGGGUGUCUGAUUUCUUUUCGUCGUGGGUCACAGAACCAAGCAGAUUCAUUAGAAAUAUUACAUGAGGCUAUAAAGUCCAAAAGACACAGAGUGGGGUUAUAAACAGUCCUGAGCACACUUCUACUAUGUAGGUAAGGUCAGUCUUAUAUAUUUGUUUGUUUUUAUUAUGCUGUGAAAGUAAACGGUUUGAUUUGAAUUAUGAAGUGCUGUUUUCAUAUCCUCUGUUCUGUUGGUACCAAUAAAGACAUCAGAAAUAA